GAUGUCACUGUAAAGUAAGGAAACCAGUUAUAAUAUGAAUAUUAAAUUUUAAUACUGACCUUUGACCAAUGUUUACAACAUACCCUCGACAGAUGAUUUUGAUGCACAGAAUUUAAAGAAAAUCCCGGAAUUGUGUGAUUACGCAAGAUUAUGGAAAUGAAAUCUGAUGACCAUCGCUGGAAAGAAUAACCCUCGUGACUUCCACUAAUGCUUCAGUGAGUUCUUGAAGACUGGAACAAUGGUCUGCUUCUUGAGUUCCAUCCAGGGCCCUGUUCAGGCCACGAUGCGCCCCGCAAUGUGGGUACCGGGAGUCAAACUGGUGCACAGCCACAGAGAGAAGUGGGACUGCCCUAACACCUUGCCCGGGGUAUGUGUCGAGGAGCUCAUCAAAGCCGUGGAUCGAGUCCAAUCUCUGGAAAGCACUAACGGCACAUUCUUUGUGAAUAAGGUUGAUCGGGAGAAAUUCCGAGUUCAGAUUUUCAACUGGACGUGGGCGGAGUGGCUGGACGUCGUUGAAAUCGAGUUCAAACAUGGCCAGGAGCAAGGUACUGAAGCUGAGUGUUUGUCAUUCUCCAGCGGCUUUCUGCCUACCUGGUUUCCUCUGUGUUUCAUCUUUAAUUCGGUUUUCUGCUUUUUACCGUUCUGGGACAAACAUUUCAACAGAGACCGACUGCACAGUCUGAGGUCUGCGAUGCAGAUCGCGUGCAAACUCCAAGAUGGGGACAAAGAACUGCAGGAUCCCCUGAUAUGAGUGUGAACGUAUGUCAAGGAAUCUGACAUCCAGUUUUCUGUACAAUUUCACCUCCUUGAUUGGACAGAAAGAAAUUUGGGCGAUUCAUAAUUAAUGCAGUGCGCCACCAAGAGUUGCCACGAAGAUUUCAUUUUUCCCAGUGCAUUGUGGGAGAUGGUCGACAAAUUUGCAGCGCGGGACAUUUGAAAUUGUUAGUAUUUCUGGUCAGUAGUUUCGUAAGAGUAUGAUUUGAGUAUUGUUUGCCCUUUUCUUCUCUUUUAUCAAUGUGGUGUUUUUUUUUGUAAGGCGGCAGAACGCUAUGCCCCAAGUUAGCUCAAGUUGUCUACUGACACUCGUUCAAAUGGGCCAUGUUUUGUGGACUGUAAAUUUGAAAAGUUGACCCUCCAUAGCAAACUCUUGGUGGCGCACUGCAUUGUGAAUUGCCCGAAUUGGGGAAAAAAGGGAAAGGAACGGUUCUGCCUGCUUUAUGGCAAUCUGAAAUG